GGGGCGGAACGGCUGUCAGAAGCGCUGCUUCGCGCUGUCAGAAUCGGGGACCGUCGCUCAUUUCCGCUCCCGGUGAGAGGCGCACGGCCGUGCUGGCAGCGCGAUGCUCUCACGUUUCUCCGUAGGGAACGCACACGGCGGACGGUCCCUUCCCCGAGAGGUGGCGCUGCGGCGCUGCCGAAGGACUCCAUAUCCCAUCGUGCACCGCGGCAGGGUGUGCGGGGAGGGCUUGAGUACGGGCGGAAACCGGAACCGGAAGCUGGUCUUCGUGUCCAAUGGGAGGGCCCGAGCGGAAACGGGAAGCGGGAAGAGGACGGAGUCUUUGGGGAUGCCUGGGGCGGGGCCGGAGCCGGAAGUGAGUCGCGGGAUCAGAGGUUAAAGCCCCACGAGCUGACCCUGCAGGACGGCGCCAGAUGGCACCAGUGAAGAUCAGCCACAUCGUGUCCUUCUCCUCCCAGGACCCCCGGUACCCAGUGGAGAACCUCCUGUCCCCCGAUGGCCAUCGGCCCUGGCUCAGCUGCCCCCAGGAGCGCAGCCGGCAGCUUAGGGUGGAGCUACAGCUGGAGAGAGCCGUCCCCAUCGGCUACAUCGACAUUGGGAACUGGGGCUGCGCCUUCCUGCACAUCGAGGUGGGUCGCUCCUCGUGGCCUCUUGACCGCCCCUACCUCACCCUGGUGCCCAGCGUCACGCUGAUGACACCGGCCGACUCCAAGCUGGACCGCAACCGCUGCGGCGUCCGCAUGUUUAAAGAAGCAGAUUUCCUGGAGCUGGCAGCGGGGCAGAAGUGGGACCGCCUGCGGCUCACCUGCAGCCAACCCUUCCGUCACCGCGGGCAGUUUGGGCUCUGCUUCGUCCGCGUGCGCACAUUGCUGGAGCCCGAGCUGUGCCACCAUGCAGCGGAGGACGCUGAGCUCAUGGGCAGCCCCCAGCGCUCCAACCCUGCCUCCUUGUGCCGGAUUCCCUCUGCAGAAGCACGCCUGAGCUCACAGGAGGAGGAGCAGCUGAAGAGCAGCUUGCAGCAGCUGGAGCCCAGUGCUGCAUCCCAUGCCUGGAGCCCAGCCCGUCUCAGCCGCCCGGCACGCAUGGUGCUGUCAGCAGCGCAGAGCCGUGCCGUGAGGCCUCCACCCCGAAUUAUUGCCAGCCACCCGGAGAGCAGCACAGAGCAGGGACAGCCUGCAGCACAGGGUGCAGCAUUGGAAGUCCCAGCAGCCCCCAAGCGCGCCCGCAGGCAGUCAGGCAGCAGGCAGAGAGCUGGCAGAGCUGUGGGCAGGUCCCCUCAGCCUCUCACCAGGAAUCCUGGGCCAGGAAGGAGAGCGAGAACGCAGGGCCGCAACGCGAGCGGAGGGGAGAGCAGCGGUGGGGAGAUGGCUCUGUGCCCUAUUUGCUCAGGUUCCUUCAGCACAGCGCUGCUCCCCGCUCACGCCUCCCGCUGCGGCGAGGAAGAAUCCGACCCCGAGGUGGAGCUGCUUUCCUCUGCCAGCAGCCCGGUGCUGUGCCCCAUCUGCGGGCUCUGCUUCAGCUCAGCAGAGGUGGAGCAGCACUGCAGCACCUGUGGGGAGUGAUGGACCCCCCCCAACAAGCAAUGAUCUGCAGAGAGAGACUCGGCCCCACUGGGCUCUGGGGCUCUGGUUUGUGGUGCUCAUUCAAUUCUGCCCCUCGUGGCACGAGCUCAGCGCAGGAGAGGAGGCAAAAGGGCCAGGGGGCUGAAGGAAGAAGCCACAUGGCUGCUGCUGCUCCCAUCACUGAACCACUCAGCAGUGUGAACUGGGACCAGUAGAUGUGAGCAUCUGACUAUGGGGGGGGGGAGUGAUCACCUCCCUCCCAGUGACACAGUGCAGGGUGUAGGGAACGUGGGGCUGAUGGUGGCCCUGCGGGUGGAGUUUUAGGGCAGGCUGCAGCUCCUGGAGAUGGGAGGAGUUGAGAGAGAGAAAUAAAGGAGAGAA